AAUUAAGGGAGUAUAAAAAAGGAGAAAUAUUUCGAAUAGUUCAGUUAGUUUAGAAAAAAGUCGACGAAGAGAAGGAUUAAAUCUGAAGAAAAUGUAUUUCUUAAAAUUAUUAUUCUUUAUAUCUUCUUCCGCUUUUUGCAUUAAAUCGAUAGGAGCGCAGCUAUCGAAAUACAAAAAUUUGACAAACGAGGAUUUUAAAAAACUAUGUGUAAAAAAUAAUGAAGAUUUAGAAGAACUACACCAACAAAGUGGAUACGAUCAAAUGUAUCAAUCAUACAGGAAAUUUAUAAACAAUUCCAUAAGUAUUAAAGACUGUGUGGACAAUCCACUACCGGAACAAUUUCUCCUUAAUACGACGAUAAUUAAAAAAUGCAUUCAAGGAAAUAUUGAAUUGGACGAAACUAGCAUUCAACAACUCACUUACGAAACAAAACAAAAAUUUUGUGCUCUAAUGAAAAUUGAUUCCUAUUCCGAGGAGCUUGCAAGUCACAUGGAAAAAGUCGAAGUACCUUCUGAUUCAUUUCUUGAACAAUUUCCCAAAGAAUGUCACACUAUAUUGCAAACAACUUUCGAAAAUAGUGAUGAAUUUAAAAAUUUAGGAUUAUCAUAUACUGAAAAAGGACUAAGAGAGAUAACACAUCUUUUUAGAUGCUUAGUUAAAACAAUUAGAAAAGUAUCGAGCAAUGAAGAAACUGAAAAAAUCAGUCAAAUGUUUACUGAAUUUUAUGACAUUAUAAAAGCAGAUGUUAUAAACUCUACUAUGUGAAACACAUUUUAGAAAUUUACAAAAUCUUCAAAUUUUACAAUGAAAUUAUUAAAAAAUAUCCAAAUAAAUUAAUUACAAUUAUUAA